UUUUUUCCCAUUCACGUUUAACCCUUUGUCCGUGAAAUAUGAUUUACAGGAGACGAGUUCUGAUUUUGGUGUGAAUGUUGCUAACCAUACGCCCAUUAAAAAAAAGUCAUCGGGACACGUUUAAAGGGUACUUCUCACAAUUAGCCACGCUAUCGCUCGACUGCCCUCUUUAUUCGAGAGCUAUGAAGGUCCAUGACCUGAAACGUCGCCCAUUACAUGUUUUUAUUUUAAGGCCACACUGUCAUUGACGAAUGUGUAGAGUUUUGUUAAUUGUCCAUGUGACCACUGCAGCAACAGCAGCACCAAACAAUGUAUGCUGAACUUCUUUCGCACCGUACGUAGCCAACCGUGAUAAUUAUAAUCGGAGGCAGGGUGGUUACUCGGUGAGGCUCGUGUAGCCGGCCACGCCGAAUCUCGUUGUCAAUCAUCGCCUUCGCCCCACCCACCGGAAGUUUCUGCCCCUCUUCACCCCUCAGCCCCCCUUCACUUCCGGUGGGUGGGGGGGGGUUGCUUCGUGUUUCUUGGGUUUCGCCGCCAUGAGUGCCGCGUCCCUCACGGACAAGCUGCUCUUCCUUCGCAAGCUGCCCGUGCUGGUCCACGCCACCUCGGAUGAGCCCUCGCCCUGCCCGGGGUACCUGUACGAGGCGGUGGCCGACAUGUCGCGUGAGUCGGCCGGCACCUGCCACUGUUUGCUGGAGUUCCUGCUGGAGCGGCUACGUGGGGGCUCCUGCCACAGCAAGCUCAAGGUGCUGAAGCUGUGCCGCCACCUCCUCGAUCACGGCUCGCCGCAGUUCACCCUCGCGCUGCGCCGAAACGCAGCCUGCCUGCAGCAGUUCAGCGUGUACGCAGGCCCCCCAGACGCGCUGUACGGGAACGCCCACUACCGCAAUGUACGCACGGCCGCCGCGGAUCUGGCCGGAGCCCUUUACGCUGACGAUCCGGACUCCCCUCCAAAGCCGCGAGACCGCCCCCCACCCUCCACCGGUAUGGGGUGCGUGUCUGAUGGCCGGACACCACCUCGUGCCUCCAUGCAAGGUUUUGGCUUCACGGCUCCUGGAGCCGGUGAAGGCCUUCUUGAUCGAAUCCAGAGGGCGGCCAGCGUCGUCUUGGCAACGGCGACCCCAACCCCAUCCCAGCAGCCAAUCAGAAACACCGGUUCAGGUCUCCAUAGGGACGGAUACCAGCCAAUGGCAGCGGAGGAGGUCUCCCUGACGACUGGUGCGGCGCGGCCUGCUGAGAGGGCUGCCCGGGAUACGCGGAUAGCGGUGCACCGGCCCGGGCAGGCCGGUGGGGGCUGGGACGAGAGCGACAGCAGCGACAGCCUGUCCCAGGCCUCGGUGGGCGCCGGCGUGCGUCUCUCCGGACCGGCGAGUCUCAGCGGGAGCCACAGAUCGGGCUCUGACGGCCACUCGCUGGACCCGGACGUCACCGCCACGUUGCCCCCCGGGAGGCAAGAGGGCGCUGGCGGUGAUGAAGAGGAUGAGGAGGAGGAGGAGGAGAGAGAGGAGCAGCAGCUGGUGGCACGGGUGGUGGGCGGCUCGCGCCCGUUCCUUUCUCCGGCCGAGAACCAAGCCUUGCUGCGAGAGGCAGGGCUGCUAAACUGUGAGCUCCUCGCCGUGCGGCUGUCCGAGCGGCUCGGCGACCCCUCCGACACCGUGAAGAUGCGGGCCAUGGCGGCGCUGUCCAGCCUCGUGAACUCCGACCUCCUGUCACAUGAGCAGGUGUGGGGGGCGGCAGCGUCGGCGCUGCACACAGUGAGCGGGGGGCCACCCGGGGCCUGCGCAGACCGGGCCAACAAGAUCCUCCGGCAGCUGCAGUCUCUGGGCAGCAGUGGGGGCAGCAGCCGGGGAUCACCGAGCCCCCUGCACACUCCCCCACCGGGUCCCGCCGCCCCCGCUUCCCCCGCUAUCCCCGCCGCCCCGCCAGGCCCCGCGGAGGAGAGACCUCGGCCCGGCCGUGGGCCCCAGGCCCAGGGAGCCCCAUCCCUCUUCGCCGGUAUGGAGAUCCGGGCGGUGGGCCCCGGCGUCGCGGAGGGGCCCGAGCAGGAAGGGCUGCGGCCAAAGAGGAGGGGGUCGGGCGCGGGCUCCACCGGCAGGGCCCGCACAAGGCCGUCGGGUCCCCCUGCGGAGCGAACCCCUGGGGCGGAGGCGUCCGUCCGGCCUGGAGAGGGGGGCCCCCCGUCGGGCCGCGGCGGAGAGGGGGGGCAGGUGGCAGGGCCCUACUGCCCCCCCACUCUCGCCACUUCUUCCUCCGCCUUCUCCUUCCUGAGCAGCUGACGGGUGACGCGCAUCGAAGCGCCGAUCGUUAUGCGAACGAGAUGCUGAUGUCACAACGAGAUGCCGAUGUCACAGCGGGGCGAACAGAGAGAGAGAACGAAACCCCACGGAGGGAGCGGGCGACAAGAUGAGACACUGGGGAGACGGUGGGGAAGGCAUCGUCGGCUCUUGAAUGGAGUGCGGCACCGGAACCGUGACGUUUCAUCGCAUCGCUGGACGGAGUUGACUCGUGUCGCGCCCAUGACCACACGCGCUUAGUUCACGCACUUCACGCACUUCCACACGCUUCACGUGCUGUUCACGCGCGGUUCACACGCGUGUGCACAGCCCGCCGCACGCAGAGUUUCACCUCCACCGCGCCAUGCCCUGCCUACUUGAACAUCGUCGCUCUCGUGCUCUGCUCAAUCGCAGCAACGCGGGGUUUGGUGGAGUCCCUGCAUCGGGGGUCCCAGUAUUAGUGUUGCUGCAGAGGGGGUGCCUGUGUUGGGGGGUUCUAUUGUUGGGGGUCCCUGUGCCCAGGGGUCCCUACGGAGUGGCCACGCUUUGCUCUGGUUGUAAAUAAAACACGGAGUGGCCUGCACCGCUCCCUGGACCGAA